AUGUUAAAAACAGAAGAUUAUGAAGAUAUUCCAGAAGAGAGUAACAUAAGCACGUCAGUAGACUCAGAGAGUAAUGAAGUAUUUAAUUCUAGUAGCAGAGAAAAACCACGGAGAUUAAUUAUGUAUCAAGAUACUAAUAAUACACAUGAAGUCGGCAAUGAAUUUUUGAAUGCAACAUUAAAAAACGACACCAGUUAUCAUUCAGCCUCAAGUUGCAACAAGGCGUUAGCAAGCUAUCCGUUCUCUGUGUCUAUUCAGAAGAAAGGAUCGCAUUAUACUUCAGGUGCUUUGAUUGGCAAGAAAUGGAUUGUGACCGUUGCUAGUGAAUUUUACAAUAUAAGAGAAACGAUUAAGUUAUUUAGAGCAAGGCUGGGAACAGUGAAUUGCAAAAAAGGGGGUUUAUUGGUGCCAAUAAAACAAAUUGAAAUACAUCCAUCAUAUGUAUAUAAACAACCAAAUUUUGAUAUAUCAAUGCUAAAAAUUGGUCAUCUUUUUGAUUUUUCUGACCUUAUAAAACCAAUCGCUUUAACUGAUGUUACGGAGAAGAUUGUCAGUGCAAGUUUCUUGACAACUUAUUGGCCUAGAUUGAUUGUCAACGGUAGAGUGCUGGAGCAAACAGCAAAGGAAAGAAUGAAACAAAACAGCAUGAGAGUUUCAACACAGAAAAUGAUUGUUUGGGAAAAAUGCUUUGAUUUAAUGAAAGCACAAAACCAGACCUUAGACGAAUCGACUCUAUGUUUAAUACCAAUAAAGUCCCAUCAUAGUCCUUGCAUGCCCGAUGCUGGAGCGCCGAUUACAGCUGAAGAUGGUCUUUGGGGGAUCACUUCUGGAUGGACCCUAGAUGAAUGUCCCACAAAAAAUAGUCCCACACUUGUAACAAGAAUCUCUUCUUCAGCCAUAAGAACCUGGUUAGAUAAAUUACUGGAGUCUGAUAAAAAGUAA